GUAUAACAUGGCACAUGUUAAAUUUAUUCUAAACAGUAACUUGUAACUUGUAACUUGUGCCUGUAAAAUAACAAACUUGAAAUGAGAUUAGAUAUUCUGUUUUGUAUUACUUUACCGACCGUUACAGUUGUAAAUAGUGUGUGUAUAGGAACUCAAACUUACCAAUGUUCAAAGACGUCUUCUGAAUACUAUAAUUACAGUAUUGCAUGUGGAGCAUUCGGGUGGAAGAGAUGUCGAAGAUCAAGGAGACGUUAUUACAAGUCUUAUAAAACAUGCACACGAAAAUGUCCAUCAGUUGACGGUAAUUGGAGCUCUUGGACAAGUUGGAGAGGUUGGUCAACAUGUACGAAGAAUUGUGGAACUGGUGGCCAAGUUAGGACAAGAACAAGAUAUUGUACCAAUCCAAGGCCACUUAAUGGUGGAAAACAAUGUCCUGGACUUACCACUGGAAUAGAAUGUAGACGGUGCAACACCAAUCCAUGUCCAGUUGACGGUAAAUGGAGUUCUUGGACAAGUUGGAGCAGUUGGUCAACAUGUACGAAGAAUUGUGGAACUGGCAAUCAGGUUAAGACAAGGACAAGAUCUUGUUCCAAUCCAACGCCACUAUAUGGUGGAAAUCAAUGUCCUGGACUCACCACGGCAGUAAAAAAUAGACAGUGCAACACAAAUCCAUGUCCAGUUGACGGUAAAUGGAGUGUUUGGACAAGUUGGAACAGUUGGUCAAUAUGUACUAAAAAUUGUGGAACUGGUGAUCAAGUUAGGAAUAAGACAAGAUUGUGUACCAAUCCAAAGCCAUUACAUGGGGGAAAACAAUGUCCUGGGCUUACCACUGGAGGAGAAAAUAGACAGUGCAACACAAGUCCAUGUCUAGUUGACGGUAAUUGGAGCUCUUGGACAAGUUGGAGUAGUUGGUCAAAAUGUACAAAAGGUUGUGGUACUGGUGAUUAGGGAAGGACUAAGACACGAUCUUG